UAUUCAUGAAGGCAGAAAAGACAACCCGCGAAAACCAGUCCUUCACUUAUCGAGCAUCACCGCCGUAGGCAUAAUAACGAUUUGACCAACAUGCAACAGCCAUUCGCACGACUCUCAUGGUCAUUAAUAUACAACUCGACGAGGCCAUUCUCUCCUCUCCGUGGCUCUGUCAUCCGCACUAGACGACUUUACUCGACUGAGAUACCGCCUCCGCCGCCUGUUACCCCUACUUCUUCGAGCAAACCUAAAUGGGGUUUGGUGUUCAUUGUUGCUGGUCUGACAGCAUUGGGCGGAUAUGUCGUCGUCAGGAACGAUACUGUGCUUGAGUACAGGCUUGACCAGCUAUCGCAAAAGAUAAUGGGGAGGCCUGAUGAGAAGCAGCUUUUUGAAGAGCGAAGGCGCAUAGACGAAGAGGCUAGAAGACGAUUUGUUGAGCCCCCUAGCAGAAGAAUUGUGUAGCGUAUGAUAGGCACUGUGUACAAUGUUCUCAACCAAACUGUAAAUGUAAAAUUCUAUCUUGUUGACAUGUAUCGAAUACUUUA